AUGCAUCAUUGCCCCAGCCUCCCGUGUUGCACGGCAACGUACAACGGAUGGCAUUCGUGGUCUAACAUUUGGACGCAUGCGGUGUUUGACACCAUAACUUUAGACGACGGCUGUGAUACCUGCUACAGCGGAUGCGACUCUGGCUGCGACAUCUGCUACGACAGCUGCGAUGAUUAUUGCAACGGGAAUUGCGACUACGGAUGCGACGACACAUGUGCUUGGACAUACUGCGACGACUACUGUGACGAUGGCUGCGACACUGGCUGCGACGGCCCAUGCGAUUCGGGCUGUGAUGAUAGCUGCGAUGACUCCUGCGACACGUGUACGCCGAUCAGCUGCGACACGGGCUGUGACAGCAGCUGCUACUGCAACCCUGGCUACUACGGCACAGCCCCAUACUGCUCAUACUGCGGCACAGGCACAUACAUGCCCUACUACGGAGCGACGAACUGCUACGCAUGCGACAACUGUUCACCCGGUGAAUACCGCUCUGGGUGCGGAGGAUCAAGCGCAGGCACUUGUCGGGCAUGUGCCUCUUGUCCUGCCGGCACCUACCGCUACAAGUGCGGCGGCCAAAACAGCGGAUAUUGCCGCACGUGCUCGUCAGGAACGUACAAAUUGGUUAAUAGCACAGGCAAUUGCACGUCAUGCACCGCUUGUCCAUCUUCCACGUACGAGACAUCGCCAUGUACCUCCACCUCAAACCGAAGGUGCACUCGCUUGACAGUGUGCACGAGCAGCCAGUACGAAGUUCGUUCUCAAACAGCAACAACCGACCGCGUGUGCCGCGGGCUGACAACGUGCGGUGCAGGGGAGCAGGAGAAGGUGGCGCCGACGGCGAGCAGCGACCGCGUGUGCGAGGCGUGCCCAGCUGGGACGACGGAUGCCAACAGCGACGGCAGCGACGCGUGCGUGACGUGCGGCGGUGGGACGUAUGUGCCAGCUGGGUCGACUGGGACUUGCUCGCAGUACGAGUGCAGCGCGGGCACGGCUGACACAGACAGCAACGCUGGGACGGCGUGCGAGACGUGCGACGGGGCGACGACGUACCAGCCGAGCAAGGGCCAGGAGCGGUGCCUGAGUGUGAAGACGUGCGGGGCUGGCGAAGAGGAGACGACGUCGCCGAGUGCGACGCGGAACCGGGUGUGUCAGCCGUGCCAGCUCGGGUCGACGUUCAAGGCGCAGAGCGGACAGAGCACGCGGUGCAUUUCUGUGACGACGUGCGGCGCUGGUGAGGAGGAGAUUGCUUCGCCGACGCUGUCCACAGAUCGGCAGUGCCGCACGUGUGCCAGUGGGACGUUCAAGGCUGCUGCUGGGCAGGGCACGACAUGUGUUGCUGUGAGCACGUGUGCUGCUGGCUUCACGGAGGAUGUUGCUCCGACACCAUCGUCUGAUCGGGUGUGCGUUGAGUGUGCGCCCGGGACAUUUAAGGCGACUGCUGGCGAUGGGACGUGUCGUGCGCACAGGACGUGUGAGGACACCGAGUAUGAGACGGUUGCGCCGACGAGCUCGUCUGAUCGGAAGUGCAAGGCGCUGACGGUGUGCCAGGAUGACGAGUGGGAGUCCAAGGCACCGACAAUAACCACGGACAGAGAGUGCUCUCCUUGCGGCAGGUGUACGGAUGGGCUGACACUUGACAAGGCAUGCACUGAUACGUCGCCAACCAAGUGUGUUGGGUGUGACGAGUGUGCGUCCGAUGAGUACACGCUUUCGUCAUGCACGUUGAGCUCUCAAACGCAGUGCCGACAGUGCACGACGUGUGGCAGCGAUGAGUACCAGACGAAGGCUUGCAGCGUGUCGCAGGACACGGAGUGUGCGACGCUGACGACGUGCAGCAGCACGCAGUUUGAGGUUGAGGCGCCGACAGCGACGCGUGACCGCCGGUGCAAGGACCUGACGGCGUGCCAGCCUGGGGAGUACGAGUGCACGGCAGCGACGCUGACGACGGACCGCGAGUGCUGCGGGGUGACGCAGUGUGUGCCGGGCAGCGAGGAGACGUCCGCGCCGACGGCGACGUCUGAUCGGGAGUGCCGGCAGUGUGUUGCGGGCACGACGGAUGCUGACGGAAGCGGGACGACGCCCUGUGUUGCGUGCAGUGCCGGGCACUAUGUGCCGCGCGGACGCACUGGCGGGUGUGCGGCGUUUGAGUGCGCGGCGGGCCACGUGGACCAGGACGAGGAUGCUGCGACGGCGUGCAAGUUGUGCGAGGCAGGCGUAAACUAUGCCGGGAGCGCUGGGCUGACGAGGUGCACGUCUGUGAGCGAGUGCGGCGCUGGCGAGGAGGAGACGAGCGCGCCGACAGCGUCAACGGACCGGGUGUGCAGCACGUGCGCGUCUGGGAAGUUCAAGGCGACAACUGGGCAGACGCCGUGCCAGCCUGUGUCGACGUGCGAGGAGGACGAGUACGUGUACCGUGCGGCGACUGUGAGCACGGACACGCAGUGCCGAGCGCUGACGGCGUGCAGUGAUGAGCAGUAUGAGACGCGCGCGCCGACAGUGAACAGCGACCGGGAGUGCACGGGGCUGACGACGUGCGGGAGCGGCGAGUACGAGACGCGCGCGCCGACGGCGACGACGGAUCGCAAGUGCGCGAGUGUGACGCAGUGCGACUCGACGCAGUUUGUGGUGUCGAAGCCGACGGCGACAACGGACCGGGACUGCGCUGAGUGCGACCGGUGCGACAGCGGGACGCAGUAUGAGACGGCGACGUGCACGGCGACGACGAACAGGGUGUGUGCGGACCUGACGGUGUGUGCGGACACGGAGUACGAGUCUGUUGCCGCGACGGACUCGAGCGACCGCAAGUGCUCGAGCUGCCGGGAAUGCACGUCGUCUGAGUAUCUUAUGUCUGGGUGCAGCGAGAGCGCGAAUGCUGUGUGCAAGGCGUGCACUGAGUGCCCAAGCGGGACGUUUGUGUCGACGGCGUGCACGCCGCUUGCUGAUGCCGAGUGCACGGAAUGCACGCGGUGCGGGAGCGGGUACUUUGUGCAGUCGCCGUGCACGAGCGAGGCAGACACGACGUGCAAGCGGUGCCGGUCGUGCGCGAGCGGAGAGUAUCUGCACACGGCAUGCACGAGCAGCGCUGAUGCUGUGUGCCGGAAGGUGAGCACGUGCGAUGUGGAUGCUGGGUAUGAGGUGAAGGCGCCGACGGCGACGACAGACCGGGAGUGCCGGGCGCUGACCACGUGCGAUGGUGAGAGCGAGUUUGAGUCUCGUGCACCGACGCUGACGAGCGACCGCGUGUGCAGCAAGCUGACGACGUGCGAUGGUGAGAGCGAGUUUGAGUCUCGUGCACCGACGCUGACGAGCGACCGCAUGUGCAGCAAGCUGACGACGUGCACGAGCAGCCAGUAUGAGAAGACUGCUGCGACGGCGACGAGCGACCGCGUGUGCAGCAAGCUGACGACGUGCACGAGCAGCCAGUAUGAGAAGACUGCUGCGACGGCGACGAGCGACCGCGUGUGCAGCAAGCUGACGACGUGCACGAGCAGCCAGUAUGAGAAGACUGCUGCGACAUCGACGAGCGACCGCAUGUGCAGCAAGCUGACGACGUGCACGAGCAGCCAGUACGAGAAGACUGCUGCGACAUCGACGAGCGACCGCGUGUGCUGCCGUCAUUGUGCUUCUGUGGAGCAGCUGUAUAAUUGCACAGCAGAUCAUCCCGGCAUUUGUACCUGUGCACCCGGGCUCUUUGAAUCCACGGAUCCAGGAGAGAACGCAACUACACCCUGUCGUGAGUGUGACCUGUGCCCUCCAGGUUACAUUCGUGAGGG